AUGAGAGCAGAGGGAGAUCAAGAGGAAACUGUGACAUUGAAGAUUCUGAACAACGGCAGUCGGAGCAGGAAUGAAAGUCAGCGGGCUCUCGAGGAGCAAAUUACGCAGCAAAAUUUGUCGCAUCGAGGCUGGUACUUCAUACGACCUUGCCAUGGGCACUUUGAAAUUCCAAGCUCGGAACAGAAUCCGCAUUUAUGUCUGAUCUAUGAGCCUCAACGAGAAACCAUGCUUCGCUUCCAGGAGCACUUUACAGGCAGGAAGAUUCCUCUUCCCAUUGCGAAGGCAUAUAUCACUUGCCUUCUUUUAGGUCUGGAGUAUUUGCAUGCCGAAUGCAGGGUUAUUCAUACCGGUAUGGAAUCUCUGGCGUUUCCAAGUGUGCUUGCACAGCUAAAAGGAUUGACAAUUUCAGAUUUGAAGCUCGAAAAUAUCAUGAUGACUUUCGAGAAUGAGAAAGUUCUUCCUAGAUUCAUCAAGAGAGCCGUCAUCGAUACGCCUAUGUCAUACAAGAAUGAUCCAACAACUGGCCGCAUCCUUUACCGCUGUCACAACAAUUUUGGAAGCUUAUACCCUGAAGAUGCCCAGAAUAUCAUGCCCAAGAUCACUGAUUUUGGAGCUGCCAAAACGCUCCCCGAAUGUCACCCAGACGACAAAUCAAAGAUCGGAGAGGUAUUGCUCGAUCCUAUCCAGCCAAACUACUACCGCUCGCCCGAAGUCAUCUUAGGGUACGGCUGGAAUUACAGUACGGAUAUUUGGAACUUUGGUGUUCUGCUGUGGAAUAUCAUUGAAGGCGCAGAGCUAUUCACCCAAGUUGAACAUCCCAACAGCGACUACAAUUCCGCGUCACAUCUAGCUGAGAUGAUAGCCUUAUUCGGUCCACCGCCGAAGGAAGUAAUCGAAAGGUCGAACUAUUUCUCGCAGCAUGAAUUUGACUAUCCCAUUACCCUCGAGCCAGGAAGACCUUGUAAAAAUAUCCGAGAGAUUUUUUGCGGCCCUCACUUUGACGAAGAAGGCGAGUUUCUCCACAAGCAACUGAUACCAACUCGGAAAUUGGAAGACACGGUUCCAUCACUCAAAGGCGAGGAAAAGGAGCUAUUCUUGUCAUUUGCUAGGGAUAUGCUCACUUGGGUUCCGGCAGAGAGGAAAAGCGCCCGUGAGCUCAUAGAACACCCAUUCCUCAGUUUUGGAGGACAUGAUCACCGAGACUAUAUUUGA